AUGACCGAAGACGAUACUUAUGUCAUAAAGGGUCCUCCACCAUUAAAAGAAAUACCCAGUAGUUCUCUCGGAAAAAUAAUUUACGAAAAGCUUUCAACAGAAUUCGAAAAUGAAGCAGCAUUUAUUGACGCUAUUACUGGAAAAUUUAUUACCUACAAAGAUUUCUUCACAAAGACAUGUUCUUUGGCUAUAAGUUUACGCAAAUUAGGAUGUGGACAAAAUUCCAUAGUGUCUAUUUGUAGUGAAAAUUGUAAUGAAUUUUUUAUACCAGUUGUAGCAGCUUUAUAUGUAGGUGCAGUUAUUGCGCCCAUCAACCAUAAUUACACCCAGCUGGAAAUGAUACAUGCUUUAAAUAUUUCGCAACCAUCGUUAGUUUUUUGUUCCAAGGAAGUUCUUGACAAAUAUCUAGAGCUUAAAAAGAAGGUAGACUAUAUACAGCGAAUAAUAGUAAUAAAUAGUAAUACCAGUAUCAAAGGAGUAGAAUGUAUGAACAAUUUUAUAAAUUGUGUACAAAAAGGUUGUAUUUUGUCAUCGAGUUUAGUUGCCGACGUGAACCCCAGAGAACAAGUGGCACUAAUAAUGUGUUCUUCUGGAACUACUGGUUUACCUAAAGGUGUUAUGUUAACCCACGAAAAUAUUUUGACUACCUUUGUACAUACAGAUGACCCUCGAUUCUUCAACCAAGACAGUGGUCGUUGCACUUUGGGUGUUCUUCCUUUUUUUCACUCAUAUGGAAUGGUGAGAAGCCUAAAUAGUCUGCAGAAACGAAUACAAAUUAUUGUUAUGAGAAAAUUCGAGGAAGAAGUGUUCUUGAAGUCUAUAGAAAAAUACAAAAUAACUUCUCUUUCGCUAGUUCCACCGUUAGCUAUUUUUUUAUCUAAAAGUCUAUUGGUUGAUAAAUACGACUUAUCAUCCGUUAUAGAAGCGACAAGUGGAGCGGCACCUUUAAGCAAAAAUAUAGAAGAGUUGCUUAGCGUUAGGUUAAAAAUUAAAUCUGUUCAGCAAGCUUACGGUUUAACAGAAACCACUAUACGAGUCAUGGGAAUGCCUUCUGGUGAGCAAAGGUUCGGUUCUUCGGGAAAACUUUGUCCUUACGUCUCGUGUAAAGUAAGGGAUCCGGAAACAGGAAAAUCGCUUGGACCGAAUCAAAUUGGAGAGCUGUGUUUCAAGGGGCCUUUAAUUAUGAAAGGUUAUUACAAUAACGAAGAGGCAAAUAAAAAUACUUUCACAGGAAAUGGAUGGUUGCUAACUGGAGAUUUGGGGUAUUAUGACGACGAAGAAUAUUUUUAUAUCGUUGAUAGGUUGAAAGAAUUGAUUAAAUACAAAGGGUUUCAAGUUCCUCCUGCUGAGUUAGAGGCUCUUUUGUUAACACACCCAGGAAUAAAAGACUCUGGAGUUGUUGGAUUGCCAGACGAAGAUGUGGGCGAACUUCCCUUAGCUUUUGUUGCUAAACAUUUAAAUGUUAAUUUAACUGAAGACGAAGUAAAACAAUUUGUUGCAGAGCGAGUUUCUUCACAUAAAAGGCUACGUGGUGGUGUUAUAUUUAUACCGGAGAUUCCUAAAAACCCAAGCGGCAAGAUUCUUCGAAGAAAAUUGAGAGAAUUAAUAACAACACAUAAAUCCAAGUUGUAAUUCGUAAUACGCUCCGUUUGUUUAGGUGUAAUGUGCUUUGUGGAAUUCGAAUCCAUUAAAGUUUAUUGGUACGCAGAAAUAUCGUACAUUAACAAUUGAAAUAGAGUAGGUACGUCAUG